GACCGGUGUUGUUUCUUGAUCCAAUAGAUGAACGUUAUAUCCUUCGGAAUCUCGAAUCUCUUAGCAACACCGCAGCAGAAGAUUCUAAAAUUAAUCUUAGAUCAAGCUUUCAACCUUUUCAAGGAGAUCCCGUGGCGCAAGCCGAAUUGAGGAAGAAAAUGGAGGGAUUGAUUGUCGAUAAUUUUUUAUGCCAGAAUGAUCCCGAGUUUAAUCAA